AUGGCGGGACACUCCGAGGAAGCUUGCCAGGUCCUCCUUGACAAACUGAGGCAAGGACAGCCGGUAGAGGAGAAGUCCAGUCGUCCGCUGAGAGUGAGUCACGUGCGCUGCAGCCAAGGCGGUGGUGAUUCCCUGUGCUGUGUGAAGCAUCUCCCUGUCAGGAGAGCCAGAACUGAACAACUCAGCCCAUCCACACCUGUAACCAUUCCAUGCUCCCCGGAGGAAGUAUCGAAAACGGCUUUCUUCCACACCCAAACACUCCUCCCCUCCCCCUCCACCACUCCUCCUCCCUCACUCCACCACCUCCCCUCUUCACACCCUCACCUCUCCUCCACUGACAUCUCCCUCGAAAACGCUCUUCUCUCACAUUCUUCGCAUUCCAAGUCACGCAGCAAAAGAAGCACAAAGACUAGCGGAACAAAGAAAGGGUCGAGUGCUAAAAGUAAAGGCAAUUCAAAAACCUCUGUGACUGGUAUAAUUGCUGGAUCACUUACUAAACAAAAAGAAAUUACUAAACAAGGGCCUGAUAUAACGGGGGAGACAGUUCCGGAAGUGUCAGUGACGCAAAACUCUGCCAGUGGUGUUGUUAGUCAGUCCACCUCGGUGCGAAGUCGCUACGAAAGUGGCACCGGGAAGAAGAAGAAGAAGCCUCGAGGGCUGACUGUCAGUUUUAUCACUGAUGAGAACUCCCCCUGCUCCAAGACGGAGGGGAGAGGGAAGGGGAUUGGUGGAGGUGUGGGGUUGGGGAGCAAGAGACAGAGUGGGGAAACGAGUUUUUCCGAGGAGAAGGAGAGGGGAGAGCGACUCAUCAGCUCUCUCAAUCUCUCACGGUUUGGAGCUCUUGAACACAGCAGGAGUUCGAAACUCCGCCCACCUAACAAGACCCCUAGAGUGACGCGGAGCCCGGCUAGGGAGAAGCCGUGGAGGGUGAGAGAGGAGGAGAGACUGGGCUACGACUGGAUCGCAGGGCUGGUGGACGCCGGCUCUCUCCUGGACGACAGGGACGAGGAGUGGUUCCAGGAGAUGAGAGAGUUCAGAAAGGUCAACCAGUCCGAGUGCAGCCGACCCCACCCCCUCUUCCUUCCAGACACAGAUGCAAACUCAGAAGAUGAUCACUCCCUCUCCACUUCUCACAACUUCACAUCCUCACACUCGGCAACUGGCCACACCCACUGCACCCGCAGCUACGUCCUCAACGACCGGCUGUUCCCGAUGACAGCCCAGUGCGAGAGUGGGGAGGGUGGGAGGAGGUGCCCGGUGUGCGAGGGGAAGAGGGAGAAGGGGAAAGAUGACGCAACGUCCACACACUAUAUCAGAGUGAGUGUUCCUCGGAGGACUGUGGUGGCUCCGUAUAACCUGAGACCUCACAGAAGGAGAAGCUUUGACCCAAGUGACUCCAUGGCCCUCAACAAGCACUGUCUGGCAGGCUGGAAUUCGACCAGGCCACCCAGUCUCCCUCCUCAACCCACAGUCGACCUACAAUCACACCUCACGACACCAUCACAUCGUCCCCAUCCUCACACUUCACACGGCACACUCCCCACCCGUCACUCCUCACCCACUGUCAACACACACAGGGGAAAGAGAACCGGUGGUAGAUCAGCAGUUUCAAGCAGCUUACUGAACACCUCUCACAGGGCAGAGUACAACCUUCGCUCUCGAGGUCACCACAGUUGACAUACACAAUCACAACAAGGUGUUUAGAACAUGUAGACACGUUGACAUUACUCAUCAUUAUACUAAAGUAGUUCAUUGUUGUCCUUACUGAUGUACUUAUUUAGCAAACAAGGUCAUGAUGCAAUAAAAAAAUUACAAGUUAAAAAUGGUGGUUUAGUUGACAUGAUUCAAGGUACACAUCAUAGUGAAUGUGUGCAUUGUCGUAAUGUUUUGCAUAAUGGAGACGGUAAAAUUAGUUGUACGCCUCGGAGAGUGGAGAUGUUUGCUCAAAAAUAUUAAAACGGAAUAUGAAUGAUUUGUGCCGUGUGGUCACGGAUAGUUGCACCCGUUUUUCCCCACACACAGGAUCAGUAUCGCUGUAGAGCACAUGAAAAACACGGAUAGCUAUUGCGCAGUGGAGUACAGAUAACGUGAUGCAUGCACAAUGUGUGUGUGUAUGUGUAACGUUGCGGCUUCUAGUACUAUAAUUAUAUGUUGCAAUGAGUAGAGUAUGAGGUGGUCUAUUUAGACGGUGCAAGCAAGCAGGGAGUGAACCUUCCAUAGAGCUUGUUUGCUGGCUCUAUUACCUUCUCUCUCCACCUACCUAAGCGGCUCCUUAUUCAGUACAGGAGGUUAGUACGGGAAAAGCAAUGAAACAUCCGAACAAGUGGCACCUCGGGGA